GUUCGAAUUUUCUAGGGAAACAAUAACAUGUUUCGAGAAAUGUAGAGAAAUACUAACAAGGGACCCGAUUUUGCAGUACCCUGAUUUCUCGAAAGAGUUCAUUUUAACAACAGAUGCAAGCGACUACGCCAUCGGGGCGGUACUCUCGCAGGGGCCCGUUGGGAAAGAUAGACCGAUUGCGUUUGCAUCUAGGACACUGAACAAGACAGAGGAAAAUUAUUCAACGACCGAAAAAGAGUUUCUUGCUAUGUACUGGGCGGUAAAUCAUUUCCGACCAUAUUUAUAUGGUAGAAAAUUCAAGCUAAUAACAGAUCACCAACCUUUAACUUAUUCUCUAACAAACACAAACAAAAGAAUUCUUAGAGGUAAACUCAAACUCGAAGAAUACGAUUACGAACUUUUAUACAAACCAGGAAGGACAAAUACCGUAGCAGAUGCUCUAUCGAGAAUAAAACCGGAAGAGAUCACCCACAGUUCUAUCCAAGACAUCAAUAACCAGCAUCAAUAUUCGGAAGGAAACGAUACAGAUCUAAGCACAAUACAUUCAGCGGAUACGAGUGACGAUUAUUACAUAUGGACCACAGAAAAACCACUGAACAUGUUUAGAACACAAAGAACACAAACAUAAACACCGACGUAUACGAAGAAAUAUUCCCAAGAUACCAUAGACACACGAUAGUGAGACCAUUCUACAAUGAGGAGGAAAUCACCAAAGUAUUUAAAAUGCUAUUGAAUCCUAAAGGUGUGAGCGGCAUCAAAGCACCUAUUUCUCUGAUCCAACUUAUUCAAGAAACAUACAGAAAAUAUUUCUCGACUAAUAAAAUUUUCAAGGUUUUUAUUUCAGAAACGCUACUGGAAGAUGUACGACUGGAAAACACCCAAGAUGAAAUCAUAAAACAGACACACUCCUUUGCGCACCGCGGAAUGAAAGAAAAUAAAAUUCAAAUUUUACAAAGAUACUUUUUCCCGGAACUCGAUCGUAAAUUAAAAAUUCACGUAGCAUCCUGUGACAUUUGCAAGAAAAGUAAAUAUGACAGGAGGCCACCCCAGCUUAUCCACAAAAGCACAUUUGGAGAAAAACCUUUUGAACGAAUUCAUAUCGAUGUAUUUUUCAUGAAAGGAUCAAAAUGGCUUACGAUCGUCGACUCAUUCUCAAAAUUCGCUAACAUAAUCGCUUUAGAAUCCCGAACAAUAGUAGACAUGAAAAAAGCAAUCACAGAACACCUCAGAAUAUUCAGCAGACCACAAACCAUAGUGUGCGAUCAAGAACCAACCUUUAAAUCAAUCGACUUUGUCGGAUUUUUGAAUGAUCUUGGCAUCGAAAUGCACUUUGCGAGUAAUUCAAACUCGAAUGGAAUCGUAGAACGUUUUCAUUCGACUUUGAUCGAAUUAUACAGAACCUUGAAACAUAAACACACCAACAUUUCGCUUAAUGACCAAAUGAAUAUCAUAACAGAUAUUUAUAAUAACACAUAUCAUUCGGUCACUAAGAGAAAACCCCGCGAGCUCGUUUUCAACCAAAGAAACACGGUCGACAUCGAAGAAAUCACUGAAAACGCGAACAAACUUCAAUCCGCAGUGAAAUUAGAACUUGACAAAAGGAAAGCAGCGUACGAAAAACAGCACGAAAACAAUAAAAAACCACCCCAACUUCAUACAAACGAUAAUAAAUAUAUUAAAAUAACGCAACGACUUAGCAAAGAUCGAGAUCCUUAUAAAAUAGCAACCGUACUAACAGACAACGAUUUAACUUUUACCGAUAAAAACAACAUAAAAAUUCACAAAAAUCGCUUGAAAUCCUAAAGGAAUAAUAAUACUAAUUUGAUAAACAACUUUACAUUUCCUUGCAGACUGUUCGCCCUUACAUCCGCAACGACGUAUCAGGAUGUAUCAAAUAACAAUGGCUUAAUAGUCUUUAAAAUCAAUCAAGUUAAAAUAAAACUCGGAUACGAAAGAAUAAUACAUAAAAUUAAUAUGAACGAUAUUAAAAAUAAUAUCUUAUACAUAGAAAAGCUAGCAAACACAUUAAAUACAACAACCCAUCUAAAAAAUACCCUUGAUUACAAGUUAAAAAUUGCGCACGCCAAAACCAACAGCUUAUCUCCUAGGAGAAGUAGAAGAGGACUCAUAGACGCUUUAGGUUCUACAAUCAAAUUCAUAGCUGGAAAUCCCGAUCACGAAGAUCUUUUGUUGAUCAAUCAAAAUUUUGAUAAACUCGAAACAACCUUGAAUAAAUUUAUAACUAAUGAAUCAAAACAAAUACGAAUUAACAAUCUCCUAGAAAUCCAUUUGAGCAAUGUAUCAAAAACAUUAAUAGAUAUCGAGGAAUCAGUAAGAGAAUCUCAAAAUGAGCUAGGAUAUAUCAACCUUAUUUUUAACAUAGAUAUUAUUAUAAGAAUACUAGAAGAUUUGGAAGAACAAAUAACACUAUCUAAACUAAACUUGAUAAAUAAAAAUAUACUUAGCCCAGCAGAAAAACUUUAUAUUUGGAAUUUUCUAACUAAGCAAAACAUAAGAUUGACGUAUGAAGACGAAAUAUUUGUUCACAUCAAUAGUAUUGUCUCAAUAAAAAGAAAUCAUUUUAUUGUCAUUGUAAAAAUUCCGAUAGUAGAAAAUAGGGACUACGAACUACUGCAGUUAGAACCAGUCGGCGGAAACAGCACGAAGAUCAGCACGAACAUAAAAUACGUAGCAAAAUAUAAGGAAAAGCUCUUCCAACAAUCCGGCAAAUGCACGAUAUGCGAAAGAACAAAGGCAAUCACCGGCGAAUGCAUCUCCAAUAUUCUAAAUAACUUCAAAGCAAAAUGCAUUUUUUCAAAACAAAAGGAAAACCCCGAAAUCAGAGAAAUAAUUCCAGGGACCAUAAUAGUGGAUACCACAGUAAGAAUUAACAUUUCGGACUCAUGUGGCGACUCGAGAGAAAUAACAACACCAACCAUCAUAGAAACUGAAAACUGUACAGUUAAAAUAGGAAACAGUACAUUCCACAACGUAAACAAAGUUAUCGAACAGUUACAAUUCAUGACACCAAUCUUUGGGAAAAUUAUAGAAGCCAAAGAACAUAUCCCCGAUGCAGAAACACUUCACACCAUCACCAUAGACAACCUCGAAGAGCUGAACAAAAUCAAAGUCCAUUUGUCCAAAACACAAACCGUUGGAGGAUCACUGUUGACCUCCUUACUCGUCCUUGCAAUUCUCCUAUUCUUUAUUCGCAGAUACUUGAAGAAUAGGAAGACAAAACCCAAUACCACUAUUCCCUGCCAGAUGCAUGAAGCCGCAGCAGAUCCUAACCCAAAACCCACGGAAAAGGACGAAUCACCAUCCACCCCGCAACAACCAUCAGAGGCAAUAGGGCGCUUGCAGCGUGCAUAUGUAUUAGUAGUCUGUUGGGCAGGCAAAAGUGACAGCUGCAUAUGAUUAACAUGGAUCGACAAGACGUAAAAGCCAGAUACGCAGAAAAAAUUAAAAAAUUCUGUUUUGGUUACGACCCGUAUCAAUGGAUGCAGCAUGAAUAUUCAAAAAGUGCCUUACCAAAAAAUGUGACUUAUUACGACCUAGUGGAAUAUCUUGUAAAUCGCGAAAGUCCGUAUACCCGGAAAUGCUUUAAGGCCUUCAAGAGCUUGGACGCAUACAAAAAUUUCAAGGCGGGAUGGGUACAAUUUUUAGGUUCCAGAUACGUCGAUUCUGGUUUUUGUAUUGUGUUUGCUCAGGUGAAGCAUUCCCAAAAAUUUAACCUAAAGCCUACAUCUACCUGGGUGUCGGUAGAUCCCACAGGAACAGUUCAAACUGCACAUUGCAAUUGUAUGGCAGGAUUAGGUGAAGUGUGUUCUCAUGUAGGCUCUGUGCUUUUUGCUCUCGAGUGCUGGUCCCGUAAAGAAGUAAAUGAAAAUGAACCUUCGUGUACAGAUAUACUUAAUCGGUGGUUGGUUCCACCGAAAAAAGCGGUUAAUUGUGGCGAAAUUAAAGACAUAUUCAGCCAGAAAGAUCAACCAGUUUCCAGAUAUGAUUUCCAGAUACCCGAAUGCCCUGCGAAAGAGUUGAAUGUAUUUAUACGUAAAUUGAUCGAUAACGGAGAAAAUCCAUCAGUUGGCCAAUUUAUGGAAAAUACAAGAAAGCAUUCGAAUGUGAACUCGAGCCUUUGUGACAUUGAUCUUUAUCCGAAUAUGUUAAAAAUCCUUUUCUGCCAAUUUUUUGAUCCAAAUUUAAGAGGAAAGUCGCUCAACGAGCUUCGCGAAAUAGGGAAUAUUGAGAAAAAACCAUUUUUCGGAGCAUCACCGGAUGCAAUCGCCGUUUGUGAUUGUUGUGGAGAGGUUUCUGUGGAAAUCAAGUGCCCUCAUUGCCUGCGAGACGGUAAAACAAUAAAAGAAUAUGUGACUAGGCCAGAUAGUCCUAUUCAAAUUACGGAAACAGGAUAUAAAAUGAACCACAAUCAUCAGUACUUCUAUCAAGUGCAAAUGCAGAUGUAUAUACUUAAUGUUAAGUUUUGCGACUUUGUUGUUUGGACAAACAAGGAAUUGGUCAUACUGCGAGUGGACCGAGACGACACAUUUUUGAAGAAAGAGUUGAUAAAAGCCGAAAGUUUCUUCAGAUUGGUUAUUAUGCCUGAACUUUUAGGCCAAUACUAUACAGGAGGGUAUUUUAAAGAUAGAUUGUGA